ACCAGCGCGCGCCCUCGCGGCUGCUUUUCGCCGGGCGUGCGAGUCCGUUGAUUCCAACUUCCCCGCGAUCGGGCUGCCCAGUAGCCCUAGUUGCUCAGGUCCGGAGGUCCGUGGCGUCACAGGCUCUGCGACAUGUCCAUGCUGGCUGAGCGUCGGCGGAAGCAGAAGUGGGCUGUCGAUCCAAGAAACACUGCAUGGAGUAAUGAUGAUUCCAAGUUUGGCCAGAGGAUGCUGGAGAAGAUGGGGUGGUCCAAAGGAAAGGGUUUAGGGGCUCAAGAGCAAGGAGCCACAGAUCAUAUUAAAGUUCAAGUUAAAAAUAACCACCUGGGACUUGGAGCUACAAUCAAUAAUGAAGACAACUGGAUUGCUCAUCAGGAUGAUUUUAACCAUCUUCUGGCUGAACUGAACACUUGUCAUGGUCAGGAAAAAACAGACUCCUCAGACAACAAAGAAAAGAAAUCUUUCAGCCUUGAAGAGAAGUCCAAAAUCUCCAAAAACCGUGUUCAUUAUAUGAAAUUCACAAAAGGGAAGGAUCUGUCAUCUCGGAGCAAAACAGAUCUUGACUGCAUUUUUGGGAAAAGACAGAGUAAGAAGACUCCCGAGGAUGAUUCCAGCCCCACCAUUCCGGACGGGGAUGAGACCUCUGCUACGACGACCAGUGCCUUCACCAUCCAGGAGUACUUCGCCAAGAGGAUGGCAGAGCUAAAGAACAAACCACAGGUCACAGCUAUAGGGCCUGAGACCCAAAUGGAAAGGAAAAGAGGAAAGAAAAGAAAGAAAACGGCAAAAGAUAAUAAUGUGGAGAAUUAUACCCAACCCAAGACCAAGAAGAAGAGAGACCAAGUUGAGCAGCAGCUCGGAGAUCCUCGCUGGGGUGAGCAUUCCAGUGUUUCUGCUGAGGAUGGAGAGGACUGUGUGUGGCCACCUGAUGACCAGGACUUACCACAAAAGCCCAAAAAAAAGAGAGAAAAGAAAAAGCUCCAAAAGCAAGUCGAGGCAGCAGUGGAUGCUACUCUAGAUGAAACACCAGUGAAAAAGAAGAAGAAAAAGAGGAAAGAUUCCAAGUAAAUUCUCUCGAGCCAGGGCCUUGCAGCCACUCAGAUGUCGGGGCACUGCCAGGCAAACACCUUUGGCCCGAAGUCAGAGGAGAGUUCACCCAAGAGAGUUUGGGCGCAUCUUUUGACAUGCCCGUGGAUUGCUGAGUCUCGCCCUAUCACCACAUUUUUCCCAAAUCAUAUUCCCAGAAGAACUUUUUGCUGUUCCAAAUCAUGGCUCUCAUAAACAAAUAAAUUUCUUUUUAGACUCUGA